AUGCCGAAACCAAUAUUCAAAGGAAGAGUCUUCGCUGCUGCGGGACCUCUUCCAGGGCAAUUUACCGUCGACAAUAUGAAGCGAUGGACUUCUCUACGCAAAGGCGUCUUCCUCGAUGAUUUCGACGAGACUGUCACUCAUCUCCUCUGUACCAGAGAGCAAUGGGACAAAAAGUUCCCCAGAAUCAAACAGGCCUUAGAACGUCACAAGAAUUUUCCAAUCAUUCACUGUGACUGGUUCGAAUUCUCCACGGUCAAUGAUAAGAGGUUACCAGAGAAAGACUACUCCAUGAGAAGUCUUCAGGCAAAGCAGAACGCCAAAAGACGAGAGAAAGAACGAUGGGAGAAGGGUAUUCAACAGGGCAAGAAAUUUGUCAACACAAACUUCUACCAUCUCUAUCGAGAUCGUCUCAAUUUUGUCUAUGAAGUUGACAUCACUCGAAAUGAUGAAACGACCGGCGAAAUUGGCCAGAGAUAUACCCUCUAUUUGUGGGAAUCCAAUGCAAAGCCCCAUUUAUACUUGUUCGCAGCCCGAUUUCUUAAGCGGAAAGGCAGCACUCAACCGUCCUAUCACCGCCCUAGUCCUUAUGAAGGAUUAUGGCAGAAAGAGAUGGACCUUUUCAUGGAUUUCUUCAAGAAGAAGACAGGCAUUGACUGGCAAGAUCGUGUGACUCUAGCCAAUACGCAGCCAAGCGCAUACUUUCAGUAUGCUCCUCCGACCGAUGGAAGACCUGUCGGACGGCGUCUCCGACAUGACCUUGACUAUUGUCGAGAAAUCAACGCGGAGAUUCUAGGACUCCCAUGGCCCCCAGUCGAGAACUCUGAGGGUGCGAAGGACUCAUCAGAGAACGAAGCUGAUGCGGGUCCCAGACCCUUUGAAGACGAAGACGUUGUUAUGACCUCGCCACCUGAUUCUACAGUUAUUUCGGAGGACGGGUAUCAGAAAAAAGAACAAGAGUCUAAGUCAGAGCAGGAGCAGAACUCCAAUGCUGGUCCUGGAAACCCUAAACGUGAUGGGGAAAUAAUAGCCUCGCCUUCCAAACCAGAUGAUGCACAAGCUGAGUGUGUUGCUCCGGCCACCGACACGCAAUCCACCGGAACUGGACUUUGUAGCACACAAGCUGAGGGAAGACUCGAGACUCCUCCACAUGAUACGGAGGUAGACGCCACAAGUACCCCAACUGGCUCAACCCUUCCAGACCCUGGAGAGUAUCCUAACUCUCCAACCAAACCUGUUACUCCAAACCCAUCCAUCGAUGAGAAUGGUAUCUCAGAGUCGUUCGGCGGCCCCUCCGUAGUCUUUGACAAAGAUACCGGGAUGGGAAUUUCCCUGGAUUUUGAACCACGAGAACCAUUAACCUAG